UCUGCUCCCAGCUGCAGGAGGACAGGAUGGGGACAGACAUGGCUGCUCCGGGACAGCCCCGCUGCACUUCUUACGAUGCCAUCGUCAUCGGGGCCGGCAUCCAGGGCUCCUUUGCUGCGUACCACCUGGCCCAGCGUCGUAGGAACACGCUGCUGCUGGAGCAGUUCUUCCUGCCCCACUCACGGGGCAGCUCACAUGGGCAGAGCCGCAUCACACGCAGCGCGUACCCGCAGGAGCAUUAUGCCCACAUGAUGCCCCACAGCUUCCACCUCUGGCAGCAGCUGGAGGACGAGGCGGGCAUUCCGCUCUACAGGCGGACAGGGCUGGUGGUGCUGGGCCUGCCAGGUGACCCCAAGCUGGAGGGCUGCCGGCGCAGCAUGGGGCCCGAUGCCGUCCUCGAUGCGGUGACGCUGGCACAGCGCUUUCCUGGGCUCCGUCCCCGUCCCGGUGAGGUGGCCCUGUGGGACAGAAGUGGAGGUGUGCUGCUGGCAGACCGAGCGCUGCGGGCGGUGCAGGACGCGUUUUGCCGGCGCGGGGGCACUGUGCGUGAUGGGGAGAAGGUGCUGCGUAUCGAUCCCGGAGCAGUGAUCACUGUCACCACCACUGCUGGGCUGUACCGCGCUCCCCGGCUCAUCAUCGCCGCCGGCGCGUGGACCAACGCCGUGGUGGCACCGCUGGGCCUCCGCCUGCCACUGCAGCCCCUGCGCAUCGACGUGUGCUACUGGAGGGAGAAGGAGCCCGGCAGCGGCGGCGCGGUCACCCCCUGCUUCAUGGCCACGGGGCUGCCCUACGCUCCCCAUGGGAUAUAUGGGCUGCCAGCCCUCGAGUACCCUGGGCUGGUCAAGGUGUGCUACCACCAUGGCAGCCCCACUGACCCCGAGGAGCGGGACCGGAUCCCUUCAGGCUCCCCCCGUCCCCAUGUUUCCCUCCUGAGCAACUUCAUCAGCAGUUACCUGCCUGGGCUGGAGCCACAGCCGGCUGUGCUGGAGAGCUGCCUCUACACGAACACUCCGGAUGGAGACUUCAUCCUGGACCAGCACCCCAAGUACAGCAAUAUCAUCAUCGGGCUGGCUUCUCAGGUAGGCCAUGGGUUCAAACUGGCCCCAGUGGUGGGGCAGCUGCUAUGCGAGCUGAGCCUGGGUGAGGAACCAUCCCACUGCAUGGCUCCAUUCACAAUCAGCCGCUUCCCAGGUGUGCUCCGUGCUGCUCUGUAGGUGCAGUGUCACAGCUGUGCCCAUGAAGCAUCACACUGCCUUGUAGUGCAUCCCUGCAUCCCAAAGUACCACCACCCCCAGGUCCUUGCAUCCUAAUGUCCUCAAAGCCUACCAGCCUGGUGCCCUGCAUCCCUCCACUGCCAUACUCCAUCACCCAGCACCUCAGCAUCCCUGCAACUGCACCCCCACAUCGCAGCAUUCCCAGUAUCCUUGUUCCCUGUGGUUCCACAUCCUGGCAUCUUUAUACCCUGGUCCCCCACAUCCCACCAUCCCAGUGCUCUGCUCCUAUCCAUCCUCACAUCCCAACACUCCCGCAUCCCUUUAUCCUGGUUCCCUGCCUUCCUGCUUCCUCACACCCUGGCAUUCUCAUCCCCCGUAUCCUCCCAUCCAGCACCAUCCCUAUAUCCCGAUCCUCCGCAUCCUCACAUCCUGCCACCCCCACACAUUGGUCCCCUGCAUUCCCACCGCUCCACACUGUGUGCCAGCCCAGCUCUGCCAAGCAGCCGUUCCCUGGAAGCACACGAAGGCGCUUUGCCAGCGCCAUGGAGCUGGAGCAGCGCAGGGAGACACACUCGCUUAGGAGUCAAGUUAAAUGUUUUAAUGUUAAAUGUGCCAUUUUAUUAUCA